AUCUUCCGGAAGGUCUAUCAGCUCGUUGCAAAAUAGUUACGUCAGAGACUCGCGCAUUUCUAACGAGGAAGGUGAACCUCGGACGUUUUUCUGUUUCUCUCGGUCACUACAAAGUAGAAGGAAAUUGCAGACAUGUUGGUGGCGAGGCUAACAUGCCUGAGGAGUCUCCCGCUAGUCGGGCUCCGUCCUGUGCUGUCACAGGGCUCCUCAGCCCUGAGAGCGCCCACCCUAAAGGCCUGCCCACCCCUCCUCAGGCCGCAGCAGGGUUAUGCCUCAAAGGCCAGAUUUGGAUUCCGCCGAGCAAAAACCAGCAGGGAGCAGCUGAAGGAAGCAGCUUUUGAACCAGCAACCGACACAGCCAUCAAAAUUGACAGCAUGGGAAGAAUGGUUCUUGCCGGAGGUGCAGUGGUGGGCCUGGGAGCACUUUGCUAUUACGGUCUUGGCAUGUCCAAUGAAAUCGGCGCCAUUGAGAAAUCAAUGAUCUGGCCUCAGCAUGUGAAGGACAGAAUCCACUCCACCUACAUGUACUUUGCAGGCAGCAUUGGGCUGACGGCCCUGUCGGCUGUAGCUGUUAGCAGGAACCCGGCGCUGAUGGGUCUGAUGAUGAGGGGGUCCUGGAUGGCAAUCGGAGCAACUUUUGCAGCAAUGAUUGGAGCGGGGAUGCUGGUUCGAUCUAUCUCCUAUGAGCACAGCCCGAUGCCCAAGCAUCUGGCUUGGAUGCUGCAUGCAGGUGUGAUGGGUGCUGUCAUCGCUCCGCUAACUCUGCUGGGUGGGCCUCUGAUGAUGAGGGCUGCCUGGUACACUGCAGGCAUCGUGGGAGGUCUGUCCACUGUGGCUAUGUGCGCUCCAAGUGAGAAGUUCCUCAACAUGGGAGGUCCGCUUGCUGUCGGCUUUGGAGUGGUUUUCGCCUCCUCUCUUGGGUCGAUGUUUCUGCCACCCACCUCAGCGAUUGGAGCAGGCCUGUAUUCUGUCGCUGUCUACGGAGGCCUCGUUCUCUUCAGCAUGUUCCUCCUCUACGACACACAGAAGGUCAUUAAGAGAGCGGAGACACACCCACUGUAUGCCGCACAGAAAUAUGACCCCAUAAAUGCGUGUAUGGGGAUUUACAUGGACACGCUCAACAUUUUCAUGAGGCUGGUGAUGAUUCUGGCCAACGGCGGUGGCGGCAAACGGAAGUAGACAUCCACUGGAGUUUUACUUUUUUUUUUUUUUUUUUUUUUUUCCUCCACAGAACUAAACAAAGUUUCAAGUCAGCAUACAAGUGUUAUCCUUUAAA